AUGUCAUUAGGUUCAAAAGCUGCUCAAAGAUUAGCAAAUAAAACUGUAUUAAUUACAGGUGCUUCGUCAGGUAUUGGUAGGGCCACUGCUUUAGAAUAUUGUGCUGCCUCCAACGGAAAUAUAAAAUUAAGUUUAAUCGCAAGAAGACUAGAGAGAUUAAAAGAAUUAAAACUAAUCAUUAAUGAAAAAUAUCCUCAAACUAAGGUUUAUAUAGAAAAAUUAGACGUUACUGAAACUGAAAAAAUUAGACCAUUCUUGGAAAAUUUACCAGAAGACUUCAAGGACAUUGAUAUUCUAAUCAAUAAUGCUGGUAAAGCUUUGGGUUCUGAUAAAGUAGGUAAUAUUUCUCAAGACGAUAUCCAAGGCAUGAUUCAGACAGAUGUUAUCGCGCUCGUUAAUUUUACCCAAGCUGUAUUACCUCUUUUUAAAAGAAAGAACAAGGGUGAUAUUGUCAAUUUGGAUAGCGUUGCUGGAAUUGAUGCUUAUCCAACUGGAUCUAUCUACUGUGGUUGUAAGCAUUUUGUUAAAGCUUUCACUGAGUCACUAAGAAAAGAAUUGAUCGAUACUAAUAUUCGUGUCAUCGAAGUAUUACCGGGUAAAGUUGAGACUGAGUUUUCUGUAGUUCGUAAUCAUGGCGACGAACUCCUUGCUAAAAAAGUAUACGAAGGUAUGGAGCCUUUGUACGGAGAGGAUAUUGCUGAUUUUAUUGUUUAUGCUACUUCAAGAAAACCAAACACUGUUAUUGCCGAGGGGCUAAUUUUUCCAACUUCGCAAGCCUCAGCUACUCAUAAUUUUAAAAGAUAA